UUUCUUAACGAUUUAGUGCGUUCCCAAAUUCAUCGAGAAAAAUUGUUUUAACCUUCCGUCGGUGCACUUUUUAAUUCUCCCUCGCAAACGCGAGCACACCACUUGGCAUACGACGUAUGGAUCUAUUUACGAACGUAAACCGGUGAUCGUGUAUGUACGUUGAACAGUGAACUGGUGACGUUGAAAGUUCCGAUCGGGGAAACAAUGCGCGUUAGUUAGAAAUUCGUUGAUCCACACAGCUGUAUUGAUUGAGUUGUUUUAAUUUAAUAGGAACGCCACAAUUGACGUUUAUUGACGGCACGAUAAUGCACACGUUUCUAACACGAGGAAAUGCUAUCUUGGCAUAUACGUUAAGCGUUUCGGCCUGUCUCACAUUUUGCUGUUUUCUCUCGACAGUAUUUAUUGAUUACAGAGCGAACACUACGUUAAAUACGGUUAAAGUUGUCGUAAAGAAUGUACCAGAUUACAGUGCAUCGAGAGAAAAGAACGACCUGGGCUACUUGACUUUUGAUUUACAAACUGAUCUUACUCCAUUGUUUAACUGGAAUGUUAAGCAGUUAUUCUUAUACCUCACGGCAGAAUAUCAGACAGAAAAUAAUGAAUUUAAUCAGGUAGUAUUAUGGGAUAAAAUAGUUCUUCGUGGAGAUAAUGCUGUUCUAGACUUCAAAAAUAUGAAUACAAAGUAUUACUUUUGGGAUGAUGGCAAAGGCCUCAGGGGAAAUAAGAAUGUAACGUUAGCACUGUCCUGGAACAUUAUUCCAAACGCUGGAUUGUUACCUAGUGUUAAUGCUCUUGGUUCUCAUACUUUUGCAUUCCCGUCUGAAUACACAACAUUACGCGUAUAACGCAUAUUUAAAUGUAUAUGUGUUAUGAUUGUAUAAUAUGAUUUUGUAAGACUUAUUUAAAUUGCAUAAAAUUCAUGUACAAUAAACAACGUUUAUUUCUUCACGGUCA